ACAGCUUCACAGUCCUCAGCAUCACCAACCAAAGGAGAAAUACGGUAUCCCCAGACUACUGAAGCGCCUACAGAGACCUCUGAUAAGGCGUGAAGAUUUUUUGCUUUGAUUAAAGGCUUUUAUUUGAUUGGAAUUUAGGCUAUCGGACAAUCUUUAUUUUAAGUCCAUUCCUCGGUUUGGAUGAUCUUGCAUCUCCUUGACGCGCAGUUUUUCAAGGAUUAACCAAGACAGCCAUUACUGCGGCUCUUGAUUUUUGAAAGCAUCGUGGAGGAGAGCAGAUUCCUGGUUUGCAGUGAAAGUUCCCUCAUCCAUCCUGACAUCAUUCUUCUUUAAAUAGAGCACCAACCUAAAUUUGGAUGUGUAACACAAAUUAAACAAGUCUCAGGAAGCAGUGGGGCAAGUCCUCAGCUCCAGUACUUGGCACCUUCUUUAGCUGACUGCUAACCUUUGAGGUUCUGACCGUCCACCUCUGGCACCAUGGGAACCGUGCUUUCACUGUCUCCCAGCUACCGGAAGGCUGCCCUGUUUGAGGACGGCCCAGCGACUGUGGGCCACUAUACUGCAGUUCAGAACAGCAAGAACGCCAAAGACAAGAACUUAAAACGGCACCCGCUCAUCAGCGUUUUGCCAUGGAAACGAAUAGUGGCUGUCUCGGCCAAGAAAAAGGGUUCUAAGAAGGUGCAGCCUAAUACCAACUACCAGAACAAUGUAUCUCACCUCAACAAUGAGAACCUCAAGAAGUCGCAGUCUUGUGCAAAUCUCGCCUCAUUUACCCAGGACCAGUCAAGUCCAUCAAACCAAGGCUCUAAAAAUUCCAACAAUACAGCUUUGUCUGUCAAGAAGGCACCACUCUCCAACUCCAACGUGGUCCCUGGAACCCCCAAGAGGGUGAUUGUUCAAGCCUCCACCAGUGAGCUGCUGCGUUGUCUUGGGGAGUUCCUGUGCCGAAGAUGCUAUCGGCUCAAGCAUCUCUCCCCCACUGACCCGGUCCUAUGGCUUCGAAGUGUGGAUCGUUCUCUACUGCUCCAGGGCUGGCAGGACCAGGGCUUCAUCACACCAGCCAAUGUAGUUUUCGUCUACAUGCUCUGCCGCGACGUGGUCUCCUCUGAGGUGGCCACAGAGCAUGAGCUACAAGCCGUGCUCCUCACCUGCCUCUACCUGUCUUACUCUUAUAUGGGCAAUGAAAUCUCAUACCCUCUCAAGCCAUUCCUUGUGGAGACCUCCAAAGAGACUUUCUGGGACCGUUGCCUGUCUGUAAUCAACUUGAUGAGUGCCAAGAUGCUGCAGAUCAACUCGGAUCCUCACUAUUUUACCCAAGUCUUUGCGGACCUCAAGAAUGAAAGCCAGAAGGAAGAAGAGAGGAGUCGUCUGCUCAUUGGCCUGGACCGGUGAGGAGUUCUUGAGAAGUCUUUGGUGGCACUCUUGUCUGGCACUUUUAAAAUAGUUCUUAAAGGAAUAUUCCGGGUUCAAUACAAGUCAAGCUCAAUAGACAGCAUUUAUAGCAUAAUGUUGAUUACCACAAAAAUGUAUUUCAACCUGUCCCUCCUUUUCUUUAAAAAAAAGCACAAAUCUGGGUUACAGUGAGGCAUUUACAAUGGAAGUGAAUGGGGCCAAUCAGUAAAUGUUAAAAUACCACAAAAAGAAAAAAAUAUUUUGUGUGGUAAACAGCAUUAUGCCAUAAAUACUAUCAAUUGAGCUUAACUUGUAUUUAAACCAGAAUAAUACUUUAAAUGAGUGGAAUGACUAAUGGGCUUAUGUUUAGAGUUUAGAUUGUGCUCUCUUUUCAGAGAUUGCGGUCUAUGUCUUUUAAAUUUACAUUAAAAUCAUUAAAUGGUAUAUGAAGUCUUGGUAAUGCUUCAUUAAGUAGUUAUAAGUCGUAUGUUUGGCUUAAUAUUCAAAUAUUUCAGCAGUGAGGUUUUCAUUACCUUUAGCGAUUUGGGACAUUUUGCACCUGAAUAAUAAAAAAUGCCAGACUGGAGUGGACCCAAGAGCUCUAACGUAGUGAAUAUUUAAGGCCCUGAUGAGAAAGGCUUCAAAAGAGGCAACAAGAUAAAAAAUAAGAACACAAACAGCUAUGAAUGUGGAGCUGAAGAACCACUGACUUCUGGACAUGUGCACUUUGUGUCAAGAACUUCACCAGAUUGACUCACCACUGUCAAUAUAAAUGGAAGUUGAUCCAUCGUCAACAGAUGGACUCAAAUACAUUGCUGUUGCAAAGUCUGCAAUGAAGUGAAAGAUUAGCGUGUUUAUGUCUGCAGAAAUAUAACAUAGGCCACAAACAAGGAAAAUAGGAUAAAAUGACUUUGAGAAUGUGCCAGCAUUGCACAGUGGUUGUUGAUAUACAGUAAAUAGUGAUGGGAGAGGUUGUCGGCAAAUUUAUAAGAAAGGCCUACUUUAUUUUUAUCCAUACAGAGUUGAACAAAUCUCUUGUGGUUUACAUCUCUGAAGCGUUACAGAUUGUUUUACUGUUGCAAUAUUUUCUUUAAUAACUGUAUUCAUGUGAAUGCAAACACAAUCUGAAAGGUGUGAAAUACUUUGAAAUUGUAAGGCCAACUGCAUAUGUGUUUAGGGAAUGAAACAAGAAAAAAAGUACAAAUAGUUUAUUUAGCUAUGCCUGCUUCAAUUAGCCAUUGUUUUGUCAUUUUGUUUUCAUCUAUUACUCAGACUAGUUUUAACGAGGGGCUGUGUACAGAAAAGCCGGUUGUAAAUGUAUCAAAAACAGUGCCAUAACUUUGAUGAAAAUCAUGUAGGUCUAAAAAUACACACCAAAGUCAAGCAGACUUUGGAAUGGUCGGAUUGUUAUUAAUAAUGAGUCUGUAUUGCAAUCCUAAUUUAUUGUUAUUUAUUACUUAUUUUCACACAUUUCUCACUUGCAAUUUGAGAUUUUAGUAAUGUGUUAAAAAAAAGGAUAAUGCUGUUACAUUCAAGUAAUGCAUUUAUGUUGGUGGCUACCUUUUGGUGGGAAUGAAGAUUGUGGUAGAUGCAAAUUUGCAUUCAAAUGAAUUAUUUAAGGCGACAACAUCUAAGAGCUUAGUUUCAAACCAUUUGUAAAUCUGAGAAACACCAGAGGUGAUUCAUCAUAGUGACAGAUGAUCGGUUUCAAUCUAAGUUAAAUACAUGAAACCAAUUUCUCUGUGAAGUACUGUUGGGAUGUUCUGCAUAUCAGCACAGCAAAAACCAAUCAUAAGUGAUUACUCCUUGAAAACACAAGCCAAACACUGAAGAUAACAAGCUCCCUGGCAUUAAACUGAAUGAGAUGUGGUCUAUUUCUGAAGAAAAGCACUAUUAGAAAAUGAAAGCCAUGUGGAUCAUCGGGGCAUGAGUUUUCAAAUACUUGUCAAUGCCGCUGUUAGCAGCUUUAAAGGAACAGUUUAUCCAAAAAUGAAAAUUCUGUCAUAUAUGACAACAUUAUUUCAUACAAUGAAUGCUGAUAAAAACCAGGAUUGUGAUCACCAUUGACUUUCAGUAGAUGGAAACAAGAAGCUUGGACAUACUAGAUAAAUUAUUUUGUGUUCAAUGUAAGAAAGUUAUACUGGUUUGGGUUGCACUAAAUUUUACAGUAUGUAUUCCAGUAUACUUACAGUGCAAGAAAGUACUGAGUAAUAUUAGGUAACUACAUGUGCUUAAUAUGGGUUAAGGUUAGGGUUAGGUUUAGGGUUAGUACCUAGUAAUUACUAUAGUUGUUGUAAUUAUAUAGUGCAUAAAUGUAGAACAGUACUGUAAAAUAAAGUGCUACCCUGGUUUGGAUCGACAUAAUGAGUGAGUAAAUGAUGAAAGAAUUUCUAUUUUGGGGUAAAUUAUUCCAUUAAGACUGUAGGACAUUUGCAGCUACAUUCGUGACAUGGUCAUGGGGGACUGCAUUAUCUAUUUGCCCACUUUAAAACAUCUCAGUAGUGCUAAAUUGUGCAUGCUUUCUUUCAGUAGUGAUGUGUCUCAAUUUUCUUUAAAGAGUAAAAAAAAAAAAAAAAAAAAAAAAAAAAGAA